AUGGCGGCUCGUCCAAUGACACCAACGGCUAACGCAUCCCAGCCCCAGUCUCAGAUCCCCAACGGCACCGGUCCAUCUGCCACCGCCACCACCCCCAUUUCCGCAUCUGCCGCUGCGCCGUCGCUCGCGGAGAUCCGUUCCCUGACCGACAUCGGCGCGAUGACGCGGCUGCUGCACGAAACCGUCGCGCGCGAGCGAGACAUUGACAACGAGCUCGCCGCGCUGCUCGCCGCGAGAGGCGGGCUGGAGCGGCGACUCCUGGGCCUGCACAAAGCCGCCACGGACGUCCUCGAAUUAGUCCGCACGGACGCCGAUGCGGUUCUCGCGUCGGUGUCGGGAACCAGCCAGCUGGCAUCUCGGGUCAGCGGGAGCGUCCGGGAGCGUGACGCGGCGCAGUCCCGCGUCGCAACGACCAUCGCGCGCAUCGAUGCGAUCGUGGACCGCAGUAACUGCAUCACCGGCGCGCGGAACGCGCUCGAAGCGUCGGAUUACGAGGCGGCGUCGCGAUUCAUAGAGACGUUUCUGCAGCUUGACGAGGAGCUCCUCCAUCCCACCACGCCGCGCUCCCCGAUUGCAGCGGCGGACGCGGCGGCGGUGCUCCUCGGGCAGGCCCCUCCGCAAGCGCAGGCGGGGGCGUCCCCGCGUGCGAUUGACUCGCAGGCGGCGGAGACUGCGCGGGAGCAGCGGAGGCAGCUGAUGGAGUCGAAGGUUAAGCUUGAGGGGGUGAUCCGCAAACGGUUUGCGGCGGCGGCGGACGAAAUGGACCAGGCGGGGGUGGAGCGGUUUGUGCGCCUGUUUCCCCCGCUGGGGCUGCAGGCGGAAGGCUUGCGCGCGCUCGUGGGAUAUCUCCGGAAGGUCGUGGCGGUGCGCGCGCGUGAGCAAUUCGCGGCGCUGCUUUCGACCCUCGAUGUUGCCGCCAGCACCGCCGGCGGCGGCGGCGCAGCCGCCGCGAUGCUUGCCGUCUCCCCGCAGGCGGAUUUCGCGGAGGCGCUCACUGCGCUUCUCCGUGAUGUGGCGCUCGCUGUAGAGAGCAACGAGGAGCUCCUUAAAGCGGUUGCCGGCGAGGACGGCGUGGUGGCGGCGAUUAAAGAGCUCCAAGCCGAGUGCGACGCGCGAUCCGCCGCCAUUCUUCGCAAGUACGUCGAACAUCGUCGCCUGCCACGCAUGGCGAAAGAAGCGGCGGCGGCGGCGGCUGCAGCAGGGUACACACUCGGCAGCACCGGCGGCGGGCAAGGAGGGGGUUUCAGGGCAGCAGCGGCAGUAGUGGCUUCGGACGGAUCGGUGGUGGGACCGAACCCUCAAGAGGUGGAGGCAUGUUUGGAGGAGGCGCUCUUGCUCUCCCAGCGCAGUCACGAGUACGCGCGGUUCAUCGCCGCGAAGCUUCGCGACGCGGAAGCGGCGGGUGCAGGGGUCUCCCCGCGCACCCUCACCACCUUCGCCAGCUUCGCCGCGCCCAGCGGAACCGGCGGCGGCGGCGGCGGGCCCGGCAGUGGAGGAGGAGGCGGUGGAGGGAGUGGUGUGGGCGGCGGCGCGUUCGGGAAGAUCCUAGUGGACGUUAUGGGGUUCUAUGUGACUUUGGAGGAGUAUUUCAUGGUGGAGAACGUUGGGAAGGCUAUUAGGAUAGAUGAGCCCUGGGUGGAGGGGCGGGCGGGGUGGGGGGAGGGGGGGGGGGGGGGGGGGGGAGGCGCAGGGGGGAUGGGCGCAGGAGGCGGGGGGUCGGAAGCGACGCUGGCGCUGGCGCUGAACAACGCGGAUGUGAGCGCGGAGUAUGCAAUGAAGCUGAAGCAGGAGGCGGAAGAAUACAGCCUCGAGGUGUUCCCCGCGCCAGCAGACAGGGAGCGUCUGAAGCCCAUACUCGCCGACCUGGGGGAAACCAGCGCCGUGUUCCGCCAGGUAGCAUCCACAGGCUUAGAGCAGCUGGCCAACGGCAUCGCACCGCGACUCCGCCCAGUCCUCGACCUGCUGGCCUCGUCCAUCUCCUACGAGCUCUCUGAAGCAGAGUACGAGGAGAGAGAAGCCAGCGACCCCUGGGUGCAGCGGCUCCUGCUCGCACUCGAAGCCUGCCUCGCGCCGCUACAGCCGCUGCUAACCGCGGCCAAUCACGACGGGCUGGUCGGGCUGGUGACAGAUAUGGUGGCACGGAGGGUGGAGGCGGCUGUAGCGCAGAAGCGGUUCAACCAGCUGGGCGGGCUACAGCUGGACCGGGAGGUGCGGACGCUCGUGGGUCACCUGUCCGCGCUCACGUCGCGGUCCGUGCGUGAGAAAUUCGCGCGGCUGACUCAGAUCGCCACGGUGCUGAAUCUGGAGAAGGUGGGGGAGAUUUUGGACUACUGGGGGGAGAACGCGGGACCAAUGACGUGGAGGCUGAGUGCUGCGGAAGUGAAGCGGGUGCUGGGGCAGCGGGUGGACUUCCGGCCUGAGGCCAUUGCCAACCUGCAGCUGUAG